AAGAUUAGGACAGAGAUAAAAAGAAAAUCCUGAGCAGAAGCAGCACUAUAUCAGCAAUAGCAAUAGUCCUGCUAGCGGCAGCAGCAGCCCCAGCAUAAAACACUCCUGCUAUUUUCGAUUUGCGAGCAAAAAUCAAAGGCCUCAAUAAACUCUUUUUUCUCUUUCUUUCUUUUUCUUUCUCUUUCUUUACCCACCCACCACUGUCUCUUUAGCCCUCAUUCGCUCAGCUCAUCAGACCAGUCACUUUCUUUCCUUGUUGAAAAUAAUAAGCUUCUAUUCCCCACUAAAGUUUGAAUCUUUUUUGCUUAAACACUUCAUUUGUCUUCAAUGUUCGGUUGAUGUUUUAUCUGGGUUUUUCUUUCUUUGAAAAAUCGGCUUCACGGGUUCUUCUCUAAUGUCUAAAGGGUAAGGUCUCUUAUUAUUCUUUCUUUUUCUUGACAAGGGAAAGGAGAAAGACCGGUGGAAGUUACAGAGUCCCCUUGCAUUGUUGUCUUUUUCUUUUUUUAAUUUUGGCGCUUCUAGAAGGAAUGAAAGAGAUGACAUUUUUCUCUUCAGUUACUGUGACAGAUUUCCAGCUGUCAAUCUUGGCAUAAAGCUUCGUCAGUUUGUCUGCUUUGAACCCUCAAGGCCUUCUCGUUUUGGGUAAAUUUUUCUUGGAGGUGAAAGUUGCUUAUUUUUUGGCUUCCUGAGCUUAACUCGUCCUCGCAUUAGCGAACCAUGACUUGGGUUUUCACUUUUAACUCUCCUUAAAGCAGAGGUUUACAGGACUGGUUUUAUUUCUGUGGUUGAAAACUUGUGGACUAAUACUGAUGGAAAUUUGUUGGGUUCUGCUUUUCAGGCUUUGGUUGUCUGUAAUUUGGAGUUUUUCUGUCUGAGAUUGGAGCUUUGGCGUGAACAAGGGUGAGAACUAAGAAGAGGUUACAACUUACAACAGAAAGAGGGAAAAAAAAAAAAAAGUAAGACGUGUAGGAGGUUUCAUGUGAAAAGCAAGAUAAACCGAAGGGAUUGGUUUUUGUCAGUAUGUGUGUGAUCUGCAAUAACCCAUAGCUUUGGUUAAGCUAUUUUGGCUCUACAUCAAAUUUGAAGGUUGAGUCUUGAAGAUUAUUAGGGUCCUUUCACAGUCUAAGACACCUAGGACAAAGGAAUCUUGUGGUUACCCAAGAUCAUCGUCAGUUUCAUGUUUUCUGAUAUCACUAGAGAACAAGUCUGGGGAGAAAACAAGGGGAAAAAGGGGCCUUUGCUUCAGAAACUGUUGGUACAUAUUGUGGUGCUGCUGAAUUCUCAGAGUUUCUAUAAUUCCGUGGAAUUGUACAUUGUGAAGUAUUGAGUUUGCGGGGUGGAAGGAAAAAAUGGCUAUGGUGGCACAGCAGCACAGGGAGAGUAGCAGUGGGAGUAUUAGCAAGCAGAAUAGUAGUAUUGAUUCUGGAAAGUAUGUAAGGUACACUGCUGAGCAAGUUGAGGCUUUGGAGAGGGUUUAUACUGAGUGUCCUAAGCCCAGCUCGUUACGUAGGCAGCAGUUGAUUCGGGAAUGUCCGAUUCUGUCAAACAUUGAACCUAAGCAAAUCAAAGUCUGGUUUCAGAAUCGCAGGUGUCGAGAGAAGCAGCGAAAAGAGUCUUCUCGGCUCCAAACUGUAAAUAGAAAGUUGACUGCAAUGAACAAACUAUUGAUGGAAGAGAAUGAUCGCCUGCAGAAGCAGGUCUCACAGCUGGUCUGUGAGAAUGGGUAUAUGAGGCAGCAGUUGCAAACUGCAUCUGCUGCUACUACCACUGAUGCAAGUUGUGAAUCGGUAGUAACCACUCCUCGGCAUUCUCUAAGAGAUGCUAACAACCCUGCAGGACUAUUGUCGAUUGCAGAGGAGACCUUGACAGAGUUCCUUUCAAAGGCUACAGGAACUGCUGUUGAUUGGGUGCAGAUGCCUGGGAUGAAGCCUGGUCCGGAUUCGGUUGGGAUCUUUGCCAUUUCACAUAGUUGCAGUGGAGUGGCAGCUCGAGCCUGUGGUCUUGUUAGUUUGGAACCAACAAAGAUUGCAGAGAUCCUUAAAGACCGCCCAUCUUGGUUCCGGGACUGUCGGAGCCUUGAAGUCUUCACUAUGUUUCCUGCUGGAAAUGGAGGGACAAUUGAACUUGUGUAUACUCAGAUAUAUGCUCCGACUACAUUGGCUCCUGCACGUGAUUUCUGGACUCUGAGAUACACAACCACCUUAGAGAAUGGUAGUCUUGUGGUUUGUGAACGAUCUCUGUCCGGUACUGGGGCUGGUCCAAAUGCAGCUGCAGCUUCUCAAUUCACAAGAGCUGAAAUGCUUCCAUCUGGUUAUUUGAUAAGGCCAUGCGACGGUGGAGGAUCAAUCAUCCACAUCGUUGAUCAUUUAAACUUAGAGGCAUGGAGUGUGCCAGAGGUGCUGCGACCACUUUAUGAAUCGUCAAAAGUUGUGGCGCAGAAAAUGACCAUUGCGGCCUUGCGAUACGUCAGACAAAUAGCUCAGGAGACGAGUGGUGAGGUUGUAUAUGGCCUGGGCAGGCAACCAGCUGUGCUUAGAACAUUUAGCCAGAGAUUAAGCAGAGGCUUUAAUGAUGCCAUCAAUGGAUUCAAUGAUGAUGGCUGGUCAUUGUUGAGCUGUGAUGGCGCUGAAGAUGUGAUUAUUGCAGUUAAUUCAACCAAGAGCCUGAGCACCUCAUCCAAUUCUCUUUCCGUGAUUGGAGGCAUUCUCUGUGCAAAAGCCUCCAUGCUACUCCAGAAUGUACCUCCUGCCGUGCUGGUUCGCUUCCUAAGGGAACACCGUUCAGAGUGGGCAGAUUUUAAUAUUGAUGCCUAUUCUGCUGCUUCUUUGAAAGCUGGUUCAUAUGCAUAUCCUGGAAUGAGGCCAACUAGGUUUACUGGAAGCCAAAUUAUUAUGCCCCUUGGCCACACAAUCGAACAUGAGGAGAUGCUUGAAGUAAUACGACUUGAAGGGCACUCUCUUGGGCAAGAAGAUGCUUUUAUGUCAAGAGACAUUCAUCUCUUACAGAUGUGCAGCGGAGUUGAUGAGAAUGCCAUUGGAGCCUGCUCUGAACUCGUUUUUGCUCCAAUUGAUGAAAUGUUCCCAGAUGAUGCCCCACUGCUACCCUCGGGUUUCCGAAUCAUUCCUUUGGAAUCAAAAUCAGGUGAUGCACAUGACACAUUACCUACAAAUAGGACACUGGAUCUGACCUCAAGUCUUGAAGUUGGCCCGGCUUCAGCCACCACUGCAGCAGAUGCAUCCUCAUGUUACAAUGCGCGUUCAGUAUUAACUAUUGCCUUCCAGUUUCCCUUUGAAAACAAUCUUCAAGAAAAUGUUGCGACCAUGGCACGCCAGUACCUUCGAAGUGUGAUUUCUUCUGUACAGAGGGUUGCCAUGGCUAUUUCCCCAUCAGGAGUAAGCCCCACUGUUGGACCAAAGCUUUCCCCGGGCUCUCCUGAAGCUCUGACACUAGCUCACUGGAUCUGUCAGAGUUAUAGUUACCAUAUGGGGGCAGAAUUGCUGAGAGCUGAUCCUUUAAAUGGUGAUACAGUAUUAAAGAAUCUCUGGCUUCAUCAAGAUGCCAUUUUGUGCUGCUCACUGAAGUCACUGCCAGUUUUCAUAUUUGCAAAUCAAGCUGGACUUGACAUGCUGGAGACGACCCUGGUGGCUCUACAAGAUGUCACCUUAGAUAAGAUUUUUGACGACACAGGGCGCAAGGCACUCUUUGCUGAAUUUGCAAAGAUCAUGCAACAGGGUUUUGCUUACUUGCCUGGUGGAAUAUGCAUGUCAACAAUGGGGCGCCAUGUUUCAUAUGAACAAGCCAUUGCCUGGAAAGUCCUUGCGGCAGAUGAAAAUACUGUCCAUUGCCUUGCUUUCACUUUUGUCAAUUGGUCUUUCGUGUAAAUGCGAGUACCAGCUAAUGAAACCGUCCUCUUUCGCUAUAAGAUUGCAUUAGAGCCUCGACAGAAAAGGUUGUUGAUCCAGGAAAGAGGAAGCUGAAAAGUUUUGUAAUAUUCAAUUCCCACCCCGUCUGUAUUGAUUUAUUUAUAAUUGUAACGUAUUUCUGCUCUUUAAGAUUUCUAUUUUAUCUUCAA